AUGAUGGGUUUAAAAAUCGAUUGGCGUCGUUUUUUUGUAACAAGAGAUCGUAAUUCAUAUUAUGAUUCAUUUAUUCAAUGGCAAUUUCAUCAUUUAAAACAAGGAGGAAAAAUUCGAUUUGGAAAAAGAUAUACAAUAUAUUCACCAAAAGAUAAUCAACCAUGUAUGGAUCAUGAUCGAAGUAGUGGUGAAGGUGUUCUUCCACAAGAAUAUACAUUAAUUAAAUUACGUAUUCAAGAUGAUUUUAUUCCUGAUAAACUUAAGAAUCAUUCUACAUUAGAUGGUGUUUAUCUUGUUGCAGCUACUCUUCGUCCAGAAACAAUGUAUGAUCCAACAAAUUGUUGGCUUCAUCCAACUCGUGAUCAUGGAAUUUUUAUUUGUACUCGACGUGCUGUACGUAAUCUUUCUCAUCAAGAUUUUACAAAUGAACAUAGAAAAUUCAGAGUACUUGCAGAAUUUCUUGGUUCAGAAUUAUUUGAUUUACCAUUAGAUGCUCUUUUAUCUUCUUAUAAAACAAUUUAUGUUCUUCCUAUGUUAACAAUUAAAGAAGAUAAAGGAACAGGUGUUGUUACAAGUGUACCAAGUGAUAGUGCUGAUGAUUAUGCAGCAUUAUUUGAUCUUUAA